CCAAAACCAAAAGCCCAUUUCACGCCACUUGUUUGGUGCCCUAUGCUUCUUUUCUCACUGUUUGUUUCUUCCAACGAUCGUAUUCGUAGCAGAAAAUAAUCGAACAGGGUUUAUUGUUGAAGAUGGGUAGUGUUGUUAGAGCUACAUUGAAGAAAAGAAACUCUAGUGUUUGUGCAUUUCAGACAAGUAAUGGUUUUGUGGCUAGAUUCUUCUCUACUGAGGCACAAAAUCCAAAUCCACCACAGGGUUCAACACCUACUUCACCUCCAUUUUUGCAAACUAACAAUUCAGGUUUGACAUAUGGAAGGCUGCUCGGUGUUCAUAAACAUGCACUCAAAACAGAUAUCAUCAAUUUCCUUGAAGGUUCUAAUUUGACUAUGGAGGAUGUUAAAAUGGAAUACACCCGUGGCUUCAACCCAGUUUCAAUGAUGUUGCAGUUCCCUACUUACAGCGCCUACGACAAUGCUAUUCGUGUGAUCGGAAGGAAGGGUCGUUUGUACAAAUUGGAUAGGAUUGACCGUUCUCAAUGGGACAUUGUUACUCCUUAUGAUGGAAGAACUAUUUUAAUUCAAGGACUUCCACGAAACACAGCAUACGCUGACUUGGAACAGAUCAUAUCCGACUUUGAAUAUGAUUCAUCUUCCGUCAACAUGUUUCUAAGACCUGGAGAGGGUACAGAACCCAUUAAAAUGGCGACGGUACGUUUUCACUCAAGGACACAAGCGGCGAAUGCAUUCAUCUCAAAGAAUGGAACAUAUUGCCUCAACAAUCGCAUUACGAUACAUGUUCUUCAGUAAAAAUACAAACCCCUCCUGGUGCUGGUGUUGUAGGAGCAUUGAUUUUAUAGCUUAGAGUAGUAAAAUUUGUGCUGUUUAUUUGUGAUUUGCGAUUUCGCAACCGCUUUUGUUUAUGGUAUGAUGCAUGAAAAUGUUUAAAACCAUAUCUUGAAUUAAAAAACACUUGACUAAGCAAUAAUUUGGUAAUUGAUCACAUCAUGUAUCAA